GCCUACAUCACCCUCGUUACGGACGCAAGUUAUCUGCCAGGUGUUGUCGCUCUGAACCACAGCAUCCGAAAAUACGGCGGCAAGAAAUCAUUCAUCGUGCUCUAUACAAGCAACCUCUCCAGAGAUGCCCUCAUCGCACUCCAGGCCAUAGAGCAGCAGAACUGUUCUGGCAACAAGAUGAAGCUCUACCACAUCCAGCCGCUCUUGCCUCCGGACAAGCACGAAAUCAAGCUGGCCGACGCUCGUUUUGCAGAUACUUGGACCAAGUUAAAAGUCUUUGAACCGCUGGUCUUCGAUAGGUACCACACCAUGCUGUACCUGGACGCCGACAUGCUCGUCACCUGCGGCACCAACAUUGACGACAUCUUCGAAUAUGCCAAGGACCUCCCAAAAUACUGCAUCGCUGCGGUCCACGACUGCAAGUGUGGCAUCAUCAACCCUCCUGGCUUGCACACCCUGAACUGCAAGGAGAAUUGCGUCCUCAGCCUGCAGGACCCGUCAUCAGGCAGCAAGGCCACCAUCAUUGCUGGACCAGGAGGUCGUAAGGGUCCCAUAUCUAUGGGGCCUGUCUCCUCGUUCAACAGUGGCCUCUUCCUCUUCCACCCCUCAUGGAUGCUGUGGGAAUCGAUCAACGAGUACUUCUACGCCUCGAGCAAGCUUGGCGAGUACUCGUUCCCCGACCAGGACUUCCUGGUCACCUUCUUCCAAGGUCGAUUCGCAAGCAUUCCAUGGGGGUGGAACGCUGUCAAGACCAUGGCGUACCGCCAUGAGGGGCUUUGGGCCCCAGACCAAGUCAAGAUUGUCCACUAUAUAGUGGACAAGCCCUGGGCGAAGGCCACCCACCGGGGCGACAAGGAGGUGGGCUUUUCCGGCAAGGAUGGCCCCCUCCAUGCCGCCUGGUGGGAGGCAUUCGAAGAGUGG